UGUACCCCGUUUUCCAUUUGAAAAAGUCGUAUCGUAAUAUUAAAGAUUUCUGCUACAGGUUUUUAUCAGAUUUGUGAAAAAAAUGUAAGUAGAGUUAGGAUUUAUGAUAACUGGAAUUCCAAACUGAUGCCCAUGAGUGGAGUUGCAGGGAUUCAUACAAGUGCGAAUUACAUAUUGCUAGUUUUAUUUAAACUAAAAUAGUAAGUUUUGGCCCCAGAUUCCAAAUUGAUGAUACAUAUUUAGAAAACAAAGAGCACAAAAAGCGGUUUUUAUUGACCACAAUUUAACUACAAAUAUGGGUGAUGUAAUUUAAAAUUAAAAUCCCAUUAGAUACGCCCAGGCAGCAAGGGAAGUUGUAAAUUCUUUAAUCUGAGAAGUAAUUCGAAAAAUAACACGUUUUGUGUGGACUGUGCGAUUAACUAUCGCCAAGAAACAACAAACCGCGCAUUUUUUAAAAACUGACAACUAGUCAAACAUCUAGUAAGGUUAUGUUUACAAUUACAUGUGAAACUUCUUAAAGAACCAUGGCUUUUGUUAUAAAAACGGCAAAAACUUUACGAAAUAAUUGGAAAAAAUCUACAUUUGCAGCUGUAGCGUUAAUGUACGGCUACGGAUACACUAAAGAAUAUUUCGAAACUCAAGAAUUAAUGCGAGUGUAUUGUGAAAAAGCGGCCAAAUACGGAGACGAACCAAUUCGAGUGGAUGCGGAACCUCGAAGCAUUACUGUGAUACUAAACCCAAACGCAAAUAAACGUAAAUCAACGAAUGAAUUUGAAAAGUAUUGUGCCCCGUUGUUGCAUUUAGCCGGAAUUUGCGUCAAUAUUAUUAAAACUGAGUCUGAAGGGCACGCGAAGACUCUCAUUAAUGAUUUACAAAGCACUGACGCUAUUGUUGUUGCUGGAGGUGAUGGUACUUUAUCUGAAGUUAUAACAGGGUUGUUGAGACGGACGCAGGAGAAUACUAGUGGACUGAUACCAGUUGGUAUACUUCCUCUGGGUAAAACCAACUCAUUAGCAAAAGUUCUUUUUCCAUGUGGUGAACAUUUGGAAAAAGUGCGCACUUUAGCAAACGCCACAAUGGCAGUUGUUGAGGAAGUUAUUAAACCCAUUGAUGUUAUGAAAGUGGAAGUAAUGGAAGGUGAAAAUAAACCGAUUUAUGCAGUUGCUGGAAUUAAGUGGGGCGCUUACAGAGAUGCAGAAGCUAAAAAAGAUAGCUACUGGCUUUAUGGUGGACUUAGAAAAUAUGCAACGUAUUUAUUUAAUGGAUAUAAAAAUAAUUUAACGUGGAAUUGUAAAGCAUUUAUGUAUUAUACCCCUCCAUGCACAGGUUGUUCAAACUGCGCUAGAACCGAGCCACAACAAAAAAAAUGGUUCCAGAAGUUCAACAAAGAACAACACCCAAGUUACGCAAACGUGAUCAAUCCAGAUUGCCAAACUACUAGUCAAACAGAUAUUUCAACAGUUGAUUUUAAUCUUUCAAUAGCCAAUAUGAGUUCAAAUCAAGAAGCGCCAAAAUUGUUGGUUAACAUUGGACCAGAGUCUGUUGACUAUUUCGGGUUUGUAAGAGACGGAUGGCGAUCUGAAAAUGGGGAAAGUCGUAACGUUAAAGAAGUUAUUGUGGCGCGAUCAGUAGAAAUUCAGCCAAAAGCAGGCAAGAAUGAAGAGUGGCUUUCUAUAGAUAAUGAGAACUAUGAACUGAAACCAAUAAAAGUUACGUUACUUCCUAAGCUAAUUAAAGUGUUUUGUAACAAAGAAAAUGAGAAUCUGUAAUAUAUUGAUUGUUUGAUUUUU